UAGAAAUCUAAUUUACCCGCCCAAUUUGAUAUUCGUAUUUGUUGACGUUCGAUUUGUCGUGGUUUAAAAAUAUUUCUUUUUCUCUUUAAAUUUGUAGAGGAAUAGUACAAUUGUAUAAUAGUUAUUAAGAAAUUUCAAUUCCUGUAAAUUAUUAUUAUGGCAAAACAUCAUCCGGAUCUCAUCUUUUGCCGAAAACAACCCGGCGUUGCCAUUGGACGUCUCUGUGAGAAAUGUGAUGGAAAAUGUGUUAUUUGCGAUUCCUAUGUGAGACCGUGCACAUUGGUGAGAAUUUGCGAUGAAUGUAAUUAUGGUUCAUAUCAAGGACGUUGUGUAAUUUGUGGAGGUCCUGGAGUAUCUGACGCGUAUUAUUGUAAAGAAUGUACAAUUCAAGAAAAAGACAGAGACGGAUGUCCAAAAAUUGUUAAUCUCGGAUCCUCAAAGACUGAUCUCUUCUACGAACGAAAGAAAUAUGGCUUUAAAAGACGAUAGUCAAAUUAUUUUAAUCGAAUUGAAAAAUUUUCAUUUCAACUAUUUGUAUUUUUAACAAAUCAAUAUGAAAAAUGUAAAUAUUUUAAAAUUAAAUUUUUUCAUUUUGAAAAUAUAAUAAAAACCAACUCGAGAGGA